AUAAGGUAUGGUAACACCGUUAGCACUCCCAUUCGCUCCAGCCCUACAUCGCAAGAGGGGAACUACACUCUCUCCAGAUAUUUCAUGAGCAAACAGCUUCUGCACUUGCCCAGGGGAGAGACUACAAUAUCUUCCCAAUGCAUCGGGAAAUUACAGGACUUUGCAGAUGCGAGUUCUUGUCUAACAUGAAUAGUAUUCGAACGGUUUAUUGUGUAGUGCAUACCAGUACUAUCGAACCAUAUUGAACGGGUUUACCCCAUCGAGUGAUUGAGCCCAAGUUUGUUUUGCUCACCCGCCACCCUCUCUACCUAUGCCACACAAUGCCAUCAGACAGAUAUGUGGCGCCGGCACAAGACACCGAACUCUGAGACUUGACCACCAUCCUGUUUUAUUCAUUUAAGUAGGAACUCCCUCCCUUGAUUGGAAAGCAAUACCACACCACCACUGGCAUCUGCAUCUGUGAGAAUGACAUGUUUAGGCUUCUACUCCGCCCGCAGACCAUUGCACGUAAGCAGGUUUUCCAACACUUCCAAUGCUAGUCAAAGUACUGGAGGCUAUUUGCCAUUGACUCCAAGUCAGGUCAGAUAAACGCAGGUGGAAAACAGGACUCAUCAACUAAGAAUCACUCGGUAUGCUAUCCUGCUCCUGGCAACUAGCUGAGCUAACAAAUAUGAUAACAGUACGAUGGCAUUUCCGGAAACAACAAGCAUGCGGUUGGUUCCAGAAAGAUUUCUUUUGCAUAUAUGUUUGUCCUGGUUCACUUAUUUCAAUUCUAGGAAUACAAAGACCAUGGACUUGAUAUACACAAAGCGAUCAGCAAUCUCAGCUCCUAAGUAGAGACUUGUUUUGCAAAGGUACAAACCAGGUUCGCCGGGAUGGAGACCAGGUUUGCCAGGAUGGAGACCAGGUUCGCCGGGAUGGAGACUAGGAUCGCCAGGUUUGAAGGCGGAUAAGAGACUAAGUUCGCUGAGAUACAGAUUAAGUUCAGCAAGGUGGAUACUAGUUCAAGUCGAUUGGAGGAUAAAAUCAAUUUUAUGAAAUGGCAGGUUGGAUUGAUUAUUUCAAUUGCAAUUGCUUUUGUUGGGGUAAGUUAUCUAUGGCUUUAAAGUUUUCUGCUUUCUAAUGAAAUGCUCGGUAGGCAGUAUCACCUCUAGUUCAGAAAAUGGGCGAUAAAUUUAUCUCCCAAGCUAUCAACGACGUUCUUGAUAGCCGUGAGUCUAUCUCUGCAGACACAGCCGAAAAAAAACUGCUCCAUAAGGUGCCGCUAGCGGGUCAUGAGGAGAGAUGCAAAGCCGCUUCCAUUAUGGUGAAGGAUGGGAAGUGAAUGUCGCUUUUCUGGGGCUAAUGCUUGUGGGGUUUUUGGAUGGUUCGGGAGAGAAAAUUUUGUCUGCAUCUUUUACUUUUUAUUUUUGUGUUGGUCAGGGUGAUGAAGAUGUUACUUUGCUUUUCAUAGAUACUUAUUGUACUUCCAAUGAAUUACCAUUAUUGCUGGUUUCAUGUAGUAUCCCUCUGCUAUGAUCGGACACGUUUCUUGUAGUAUAUAUCUGUAUGGAGCACACCAUUCUUAGUUGGAGGGAUCCAAAGAGAAGACCAUUUAUAGUGGAACAUCCAUUGUCACCCCUUGUGGUGGGAUGGAUAGGUUUGUGCAUGCGGCUGCC